AUGAAUGGUUACCUACGCAGCAAAUGUUCAUCGGAACAACAAUUACUAAAUGAGUUCGCCAAGCUUCUCGAAACUAAGGAAGUGGCGUCGCGAAAGAUGGCGGAUUUGCUGCGCGCACUUACAUUUUUCUUUACGUCGGCAGCACGAGGAUCGCGACUUCCAUUCUCACUUCUUAGCGGUCUGUGCGUGCUCUUGCCGCAGCUCAAAGACAAAAGGGAAUAUCUUUUGCUAAAGGACGAGCAACAACGCAUCGCACGUAUCACUAUUUGCCUUCUUUCUCGACUUAUUGACCAGCUUGAGAUAGAGACGACGAAUCGGAAGAAUUUACAACAACUUAAUUGGGAUCAGAGUGCAGAACCCGUGGAGCAACUGCUACAUGACUUCAUGUUACUAUUGGAAGCAACCGUGAUGAAUCCUUGCGGACUUUUGAUGCCUAGACAGCGAGCAACUAUGCGAUUGUACGCACAAUUGUGUCGUAAUUUCAACAAGAGACAGCAAUUGACAACAUACAUUACAACACUGCUACAGCAAUCGCCAGUACUUGCGCUUGAUGAUGUUUCAGCUGGUGGGAAGGGUAAGCGCUCAUUGCCACUAACGCAUGCACACUUUGGCGCCAUAGCAGGAGCUUGUCAUGCCUUACGUUUUCAUACAACGCCAGAUGAGCAAAUUACUGUCGUGAACAGCUUGGUACAGCUUGCAUUUAUGCUACCAGCGAGUAUAGCAGCUCGACAUGCGGCGAAAACUUUGCUCUCGCUAUUGACAUCCUCAUUGUUAAGUGAAGAUCGAACGCCGCAAGCUGUAACUGUAGCAGAAUCGAUCGAAGCAUAUUUGCUAAAGGCACGACCUCGUACACUACUUGGUGGUGACUCUUUGACCAGUGUUUACUUGCUGCGUCUGUGUGGUUUACUUUUUCGUUCGUCUCUUUCUCAGUCUCAGCACAGUCAGAAUUCCGCGGGGGUUAACUCUGAUGUUUUAAAUCAUGACCUUGCAAGCCUAGCGACAUCACCCGGUAAGACAGCACAGCAAGUGACUAAUUUUCGUAGCUUUCUUGUUUCCGAAGCAAUGAAGACACAGUUUCGAGAUUAUUUCAUCGGUAGUAUACAAGAAUCUAUGACCAGUAGACGUUCUGAUGAUACAGAUGUAUCUCCGACUGUGCUUUUAAUUGCUGUUGAAGAAAUCCUGCUUGGGACCUCACCAGAGGAUUGUUAUAAGAAACAGCCUAGUGCGGCAUCGAAAAAUAUUUUUGAUUUAGUCACGGCCGUGUUGUUAUCCCUGCUUCCGGCUCAAAAGGAUUUAAGUCGACUGACACGCAAAUCUGUCACACUGCAUCGUGUCUGCCGCGCUGUACAAUUUGUUGCAGAGCGCAUGGAUGCUGCUGUUCUCCAAAUUAAUAAGUCUUCUGAUCAGAAGAUAGAAUGCGACAUCUUUUCAAAUCAGCUUAUAUCGUGUAUUCAUUUGCUGACGAAAUACGGUAAUGAUUUUGUUGCUUGUGAAGCUUUUCGUGCAUUUGUUUGGUUACUACCGCGCUGCAACAGUAGUUGCGACGAAAGGAGUGAUAUAAAUGAUUGGGAAACACUUUUUUUGCAGCUAAAUUCGCUUCCAUUUCAUCGGAUCCAGCCAGAACGUCGCGCUGCGAUCGCUUGGACAUUAUUUCGUCGCUGCGUAACUACUCCGAUUCAAUAUGAGUAUAAAAUCGAAGCGCUGCAUCUGUUAGGAUGUCUUCGCAUGGUAUUGGCGUGGUUUCGGGCACGACCUUGUGUAUGGCACGCUGCAAUGCUAACCGCGAUCUGGCAAACUGCAUUGUGUGAUGAUUUUCUUGAACAACUCGGCAAUGAUGUGUUUUUAUCGAUCAACGAGCUACUUGAUUAUCAGCGUUUGCCUAGCGACAAUGCUGCUGCAGAUUGUCUUGUCGUGAAGCAGAGCACAUUACAGUUUCUCAAUCAGCGUGAUGUAUGCCUUCGAUUUGCUGUUAGAAAGGAAGCAUGGCAUCGUCCACUGAUAAUGCGUCUCAUGAAGCAAAUUUGUUUAGAAACAUCUACAUCACAACGGCUUGGAAUACAGGCCCUGUCAAAUUUGUGUGUUGAGGCAAAAGUGCAGAAGCUCGACUCACUUGCCGACCAAGUCAACUGUAUUUUGUCUAUGGAUACAUUAAAGAAUGAUUUAAAAGGGAAACAGCCCAGAUUGAUCGCUGAGGUCUCUAAAUAA